AUACGAAGUACUAACUAAUAGACAUGAUCAUAAGUCAUAACUAAUGCGAAGUAUAACAAGUGACCCCCAUAUCACCAUCCAAAAAGUUCCCUAAUUGAGGCAUCCAAAUAGUCCCACGCAUCUCUUCUCCAUACCACAUUACUUAUCGAUUCUAUCUUCUCAUCCACCACAAGUCCUUUCUCAUCAACUCCAACCACAUUUAUUUAUUUAUUAUUUUUCUAAUUAUUAUUUUCUAGCAAACGUAUUUACAAAUUAUAUUGUCCACUUAUAAAAAUACCACCCUAUUUCAUAUUAAUCCCCUUAGGCACCCCUGCAAGUCUACCACCAUCUUAAUGUCCAAUGUCAAUCUUACCUCAACAAAAGAACCUCUUCAAGAAGUCUCCUUACCAACAUGCUACAAAAAACUACCAAAUUAUCCACAUCAUUCGAACUCGGGUUCAUUGCACCGCCACCCCGGUAAAACCAAACCUUGGUCCGACCCGUUUAGUAGUCAAACCAAGUUCUACUCAACCUACACCGGCUCAAGUUCCAAUAACCCCUAAAGGACCUAGGCCGGAUGAUCCGGCCUUAAAGUCCACGUGGGGCCAUAGAGCCUGGUUGGCCAGCGGGUGCACGACUUUGCUAGUUUCCCUAGCUAAGUGUGUAGCUGUUUCAGCAGAUUCCCAUAUUUGGGCCGAGCCUAUUUUAGCUGGUUUAGUCGGGUAUGUUUUGGCAGAUCUCGGAUCAGGAGUCUACCAUUGGGGCAUCGACAACUAUGGAGAUGCCACAACCCCGUUAUUCGGAGGCCAAAUUGAUGCCUUCCAAGGGCACCACAAAUGGCCAUGGACCAUCACAAAGCGCCAAUUUGCUAACAACCUCCAUGCAUUAGCCAAAAUAAUAACCUUCACGGUCCUACCCAUAAACCUAGUCCUCAACGACCCGAUCCUACUCGCAUUUGUCGGAUCCUUCGCGGGUUGCAUCAUGUUUAGCCAACAAUUUCAUGCAUGGUCACAUUCAACAAAGAGCAAGCUACCACCAAUAGUAGUAACGUUACAAGAUAUGGGGGUACUAGUGUCACGAUUAGAACAUGCUAAUCAUCAUCGUUCUCCUUACAAUAGUAAUUAUUGCAUAGUAAGUGGAAUUUGGAACAAAUUUUUGGAUGAAAAUAAGAUUCUUGAAGCACUUGAAAUGGUUAUAUUUUUUCAAUUAGGAGUUAGGCCAAGGUCUUGGAGUGAACCUAGCUUGGAAUGGACCGAGGAGAGUUCUAUACUUUCUUCCUUGCCUUAAUGAUGAAGUUUCUAUUAUAUAUUCUGUUCAUAUACUUUUUUUUUAUAAUUUUUUUUUUUUAUUUAAACAUUGGUUCUCCAAUAUAUUUUUGUUUGUAGCACAAUUUUAUUUUUUUGGUGCAAAGGAGGGCCAAGCCCAAAUAAGUUUGUACAACAAUUCGUGAAGUAUCUUCUAUUCUUCUCCAAUUUAUUGUAUACAAGAAAAUCAUUAUGGAAGAAAUUUUUUCAUUUUUUUGCAUACGUUACGCAAACUAUUCUUUAAUUUUUGAGAAUUUUAGAACAAUGUCUUAUUAGGAAACCAGCAAAGUCAAUCAGUCUCAAUACUACGGACUACAUGGAGUGUUUGUCGUUUCAACCAUUAGGAAAAUUAUAUUUUCAGCCCUUACUAUACACAACCAAUUACACCAUUAAAAAAAAUAAUGCAUAUACAUAUAUAACCAAUUAAGAGAGUGAGGGAUAGCUAAAGUGGUUAGAGUUU